AUGGCAUCACCAUCUGUACCGAUUGGCAACGUCCCCGAUCUUGUACAUCAAAGAGCCAUCGUCACGAGUGCUCGGGAUGCGGAGACUCAUCUCACGGCGCUCAUCAAUGCCAUUUUGCAGAGACGCUUCCAUCCUCUCACCCCUCUUCGAGCUGAAGGAUGGCACGAGCUGCUAUCAGAUUCAGGUUUGCUCACGCGGUAUCCUUUCAUCGUACACUCUAUCAGACACAGCUUCGACGUGGGAAUCAAACCCAUUCCUUUCACCAACACGCCUCCCAAUAGUCGCACCCUUUUGGAGCAUAAUGCCGCUUUUCAAAACAUCGUGCGACACGAGCUGCAGCAAGGCCGCUACCUCGGACCCAUGUCGCGCGCAACCGUCGAAUCUCUCAUCGGUCCUUUCCAAUCCUCUCCACUGUCUCUCGUGCCGAAACCUCACAAACCAGGUGUUUUUCGUCUUGUCCAAAAUUUUUCCUUUCCGCGCACUCCUUCUGCUGUCUAUACAUCUAUCAACUAUCAUAUUGACUCAGAUAAUUACCCGUGUACCUGGGGAACCUUCACAGCCUUUUCCUUGCUAUGUUGGCGCGUUCCCCCGGGCUCUGAAGGCGCAGUCCGUGAUGUCUCCGAAGCCUAUCGUAUCAUUCCUCUUGCCUCAUCGCAGUGGCCCGGUACCGUCGUCCGUCUAUCUGAGGGUGACGAAUUCGCUCUCGACACCAGCGCCGCCUUCGGUGUCACAUCCAAUGCGGGCGUAUAUGGCAGCGUCGCAGAUGCGGGAGCAGACAUCAUGCGUUCCAAAGGCAUCGGCCCGCUUUCUAAGUGGGUGGAUGACCACAUUUUUAUACGACUACUUCGCUCUCACCUUGCUGAUUACAAUCACAGGCGCGAGGAAUGGCGCACUCGCAUCGAAGCUCAUGGUGGUCGACACCACACGGGAGGACGUUUCUGGUUCGGCGGGGAUCUAUUGCCCGAUGGGAGGACAGAUGAGUUCGAUGAGGACAUGGCCUGGCCUCUGCGAGACCUUUCGCAGCGAUCCCCUCGCUCAGACCACGAUGCUCGUUUCACUUAUAACCUCGAUGAUAUCGAUUCAAUCUCCUCGCAUCUGGGCAUCCCCUGGAAACAGGAGAAGGACAUCCCUUUCAGUUCAUGCUUCCCAUUCACAGGUUUCUCCUGGGAUCUCGAAACACGUACCGUGGCCAUUCCUCCGGCCAAGGCAGCAAAAUAUCGCACGGCAAUUGAGGACUGGUCGCGUUCCCGCACGCACUCCCUGCUCGAUGUCCAGAAGCUAUACGGCAAACUGCUCCAUGCAUCCUUGGUCGCUACCGUGGGACGUGCUUACCUCACCAACCUAGAAGCCAUGCUGGGCCUCUUCAGUAACUGUCCUUUCAAGCUUCUCCAUCCACCUUCUGGCACCACCGCAGAUCUCGAAUGGUGGACAAGAGCACUCAGCCAACCAACCUUAUCCAGACCAAUCCCAGGCCCCUGCGAACUGGCCGAUGUCCAUGCUUACUCCGACGCAAGCUCGGGCAUUGGCAUUGGUGUCGUCAUCGGUGAGCGAUGGCGCGCAUGGCAUCUCCUACCAGACUGGAAAAGAGAUCUUCGGGACAUUGGCUGGGCCGAAGCCGUCGGCUUCGAGCUCCUCGUACGCCUCCUCCUCACAGUCCCCUCCUUCCCCCGCCACCUCAAGGUCUACGGAGACAACAAGGGCGUCGUCGAGGGAUGGUGGAAUGGACGCAGCCGCAAUCGUCAGGUCAAUCUCGUCUUCCAGCAUUUACACUCCCUUCUUGGCAAUGCCGGCUCCUCCAUCCACACCAGGUACAUUCCCAGCCAAAGCAACCCAGCAGACGCACCAUCCCGUGGCAUCUAUCCCAAGUCCCUUCCCCUUCUUCCUGCCAUCGAGAUUCCUCCCGAGCUACACCCCUUCCUCGUCAAUUUCGACGCCCCCCCAACCUCAGCCGAGCGUCACCUCCUCCAACAAGGCCGCCGCAUCGCUCCCCUCACCAAAGUAUACAUUGACAGGCCAGCCGCAGAGUGCGCUUCACUCAACUUCGAACGCGACCGCCAGAGCGAUGAGCUCCUCUGGCACGGUUCUUACUGGGAUGACUAG